AUGAUACGCCUAGUCUCCGUGAUUUUAUCAAUCCCGUUACUGUUGUUUGCAAAGUAUCUCACGAAGAAAAUACCAUUCACGGAUACGGUUAGUUAUCUCAUAAAGUCCAUUAAGAGCAAUUUACGGUGAAAGGCGGAAAUUGAACGCAGCUUGGAAAAAGUUGGAAAUGUGUUUUUUUGAAGAUUCUCAUGAAAUGUGUCCUUCUUUAGAUUAGAAAUUUGAAAAAAAAAUGGUAUUUUUUAUCAGGGCUCCAAAUGCUCCUUCAUAAGAGCAGAAGCUAUUGAAAAUCGUUUGCCAGAAAAAAUUCUACAGAAAAGUAAAAAUUUCAGGGUUUCUUCUGCGAUGACACAGAAAUACGGUAUCCUAGUAGAGAAGACACUGUUUCGUCCGAAGUUAUGCACCUUAUCUACGCUGUUACUGCGGUUCUAGCGGUUGGUUCAGUUUCCAGUAAUUGAUGAUUUUUAACAAAAAAAAAACACGGCGAUCCUCUGAACAAAAAAAAAGUACAUAGGUUACAACAAAAAGAGUGGUAACAAAUCGGACUUCGGUAACGCAAACCGAACGCAAAACGGACUUUUCUGAGCGUUUAUGGAGGCCCCUUUAGCGGCGUCAGUACUCUUAAGUGAUCACUUGAAGCGAUCGGAAAUGUCCGGUUAGCUUGGACAUUGGUAACGCAAAACAGACGCGAAUCUGACGUGUUGAGGUGUGACCGCCUAGGAGAGGCUUAACACGCUGUCUCCGUUAUUCUCAAAAACAACGGGUACAAUAAAAAAAAAAUAUUUUUUGAUUUGGAUGAAACUUCACCCAGUGUGAUACCCCAUCAUCAGAAAUGCGGACCCAACUUUUUGAGCCAUUUCCUCUUACUGUAGCCGGGUUACGGUAGGCAGGUGGGCACCUGCGUAUCUCAGUAUUGAAGAGUUUUUACUAGGCGAGUGAUAUAUCAAUCGAUAGGUAAUCCAAUUUCAAGAACUUUUACAGUACAUACCAUCUUGGGUUACGGUCGAAAAAUUUUGAGUUACGGUACUUUUUGUGUCUGCCGAGUCAGUUUUUCGACCACCAUGAGCUUGAGCCAGGAGAUCCAUUCUUCCUAACUUCUCAAAAGAUACCUUAUGAGAAGCUGUACAAGCUGGUACUAGUUUGAAAAAAUCCUAGGUGGACCAUCAUUUCGUAAAAUCGCCCCGAAGGCGCGCAAUCGUGGUCUUGCGGCGGCCAAGUGGGUGAAGUCCAUGAUGCCGGACGGCUCAUUUUUCACAGAUCCAUUCCAAUCUUUGUUUCCAUUUCACUCAUAGAUGUCUAGUAUUGAUUUUUAUUUCAAUUUGAGAUGUUUUCGGGUUGACCAUCAUUUCGAAAUUUCAUUUUGAACCCAAAUUUGGCCUGAAAAGGGCCGACAUGGCUUUUUCCACGGGAUCCCUGACUUCGUAUGUGACCGUUCUCAACUUUUUUUCUUUUUUAAACAUGAACAAGAGUGUCUGAACAACAGUUUUAUAACAAUCGGAAACCCUUUUUGAGAGGACCAUCAUCUCGAAAUUUCAUUUUGAACCCAAAUUUGGCCUGAAAUGGCCGACUCGGCCUUUUUCACGGGAUCCCUGACCCCGUAUGUGACCGUUCUCAACUUUUUUUCUUUUUUUAAACAUGAACAAGAGUGUCUGAACAACAGUUUUAAUAACAAUCGGAAACCCUUUUGAGAGGACCAUCAUCUCGAAAUUUCAUUUUGAACCCAAUUUUUUUUUGGUUAUUUUUUCACAAAAAUAGUCACAUGACGAAUGUCUUGUUUUUUUAGGUAUGAAAAAAAUUUCUGAAGAUUUCAGAACUACUAUUUAGGUUAUAAUAAAAAAACAUUUAAUAAAAACAUCAUCUUGAAAGUUAAGUUUCCAACCUCACCGGUGGUCAGAGUGUUGGGUUUUUCUUUUUUUAAUGAGAAAAAUUUCUUGGUAUUUCCCAUUUCUCAUUUUUGAUUACCUGUUUUGAAAAUAAAUUGGCAGACUAGAUUUUUGCUGUAAAUGAUAAAAACUUCAAAUGGGAAAAACUAAGCCGAUAUUUGGGUUCAAAAUGGAAUUUCGAGAUGAUGGUCCUCUCAAAAGGGUUUCCGAUUGUUAUUAAAACUGUUGUUCAGACACUCUUGUUCAUGUUUAAAAAAGAAAAAAGUUGAGAACGGUCACAUACGGGGUCAGGGAUCCCGUGAAAAAGGCCGAGUCGGCCAUUUCAGGCCAAAUUUGGGUUCAAAAUGAAAUUUCGAGAUGAUGGUCCUCUCAAAAGGGUUUCCGAUUGUUAUAAAACUGUUGUUCAGGCACUCUUGUUCAUGUUUAAGAAAGAAAAAAGUUGAGAACGGUCACAUACGGGGUCAGGGAUCCCGUGAAAAAGGCCGAGUCGGCCAUUUCAGGCCAAAUUUGGGUUCAAAAAUGAAAUUUCGAAAUGAUGGUCAACCCUGAAAACAUCUCAAAUUGAAAUAAAAAAAUCAAUAAUAGACAUCUAUGAGUGAAAUGGAAACAAAGAUUGGAAUGGAUCUGUGAAAAAAAUUAGCCGUCCGGCAUCAUGGACUUCACCCACUUGGCCGCCGCAAGACCACGAUUGCGCGCCUUCGGGGCGAUUUUACGAAAUGAUGGUCCACCUAGGAUUUUUUCAAACUAGUACCAGCUUGUACAGCUUCUCAUAAGGUAUCUUUUGAGAAGUUAGGAAGAAUGGAUCUCCUGGCUCAAGCUCAUGGUGGUCGAAAAACUGACUCGGCAGACACAAAAAGUACCGUAACUCAAAAUUUUUCGACCGUAACCCAAGAUGGUAUGUACUGUAAAAGUUCUUGAAAUUGGAUUACCUAUCGAUUGAUAUAUCACUCGCCUAGUAAAAACUCUUCAAUACUGAGAUACGCAGGUGCCUACCGUAACCCGGCUACAGUAAGAGGAAAUGGCUCAAAAAGUUGGGUCCGCAUUUCUGAUGAUGGGGUAUCACACUGGGUGAAGUUUCAUCCAAAUCAAAACAUAUUUUUUUUUAUUGUACCCGUUGCUUUUAGAAAUUUUUUAGAAUAACGGAGACAGCGUGUUAAAUGAUCUCUCUAAGACCGCUCAGAAGCGUCCAGAGCACGUCCGGUUAUUAUAACCUAGAUCCGAGUAGAGUUACAGAAAUCAUAGGAGUUGAGCAAGCUUGUGCAAGGGCUAGCCCGUCAGUUAUCGGCCCUCUGCCAUUUUCCGAGCCCGGCGCGGCCUUAGGGUGACAUGAAGCUAAAAUGGCCGCCUUGUCUGACGCACGAGCCUGGCGUUAAGACUUGUUCGCUGAGCCCAUAUAACCAAAAAAGGUCGUGAGAUCAGAUAAAGAAGUGUCUUUUUUGACCAAGAACGGUAUGAAGACGGAUAAAAGAGAUAGGAAGAUAGAAACAAAACUUUUUGUUUGAAUGUAAUUUUUCAAAUCAAAUCAAGAUUCUAACUUUUAGAUUAUGUAAUAUUUCGGUUCAGUGCAGACCAAAAUGCCUUAACUGCGAUACUUAUCACAGUUAUUUUCCUGGGUAACCUAUAAAUCCAUUUUUUCUACCUUCAAUUGAAGUGUUGCUCAAACAUCCGAGAUUUUGUGAAAAUAUCCAAAGCUGGAUAGUAUUCAAAAUGAAUCAUUAAUUUCAAGAACCAUACGUUUAGAUAAUAAUGACCGAAUUAUCUCUUCUGAGGACACGCCGACACUUUUCCGUUCAGUGGCAUCAAUGUUUCCUGAAUAUCGUAUUUUUCUUCUGUGAGUUGAACAUUCUGUAAAUAGGUUUCAGAAUUGGAAGGAUAAACUGCUUUUUGAAAUUCUAAAACCACGACAGAAAUUUUCAGCAAUCUACUUGUGCAGUGUCUUAUCAGUUUCUGUGUCAUUGAAUGUUUUCAAAAGCACCUCCUCACGUCUUCGGCCGAAUUUCAUCGAUGUCUGCAAACCGAAACAUCUUGAUCAGUUGUGUCCUCUUGGUGAGAUUCUUUUAUAGAAAAGAGGAUUGAAUAAUGAAAAAGGCAAUGAAUCAAACGAAACUUAUUACAAGUUUUCGAUUCAAGUAGAGUGAAGGGACUCAAAACAGGGUUAUUCAAAAUCUUUGAGACAAGACCAUGACAAACAAUUUUUUUAUUUAUUUAUUUAUUUUUUUAAGACCUCCAAAUCAUCCUAGAAAAACGCUCGAAAAAUCGCAAUUCCAUCCUAAAAGUUGUCAUUUUUUUCUCAAAAACGUCUAGAAAGAUUAAGGAUUUGGUCUCGCGAGAUUGGGACAAUUCAUGGAGGGGAAGUUUUGCCUUGGGACAAGAUCAAGAUCAAGACGAAAUCUUUUUUUUUCUUAAUAUAGUGUGGACUGAAAAUUUUGUAAAAACAAGCUCAUCCGAAAGAUUUUCUUGUCUUUUUGCUAAAUCUUUCCUCGUAAUUUCAAGCGAAUAAAAUCUUUUUAACAUUUCAGGCUCCAACGCUUGGGUCGAAAACUUUACCUGUACUGGUGAAUCUCGGAGAGAUCUCCAUUUUUCCUUCCCGUCGGGACAUGCAGCCCAUUCCAUAUUUUUCGCAACUUUUCUGAUUGUAAGUAGAGAAAUUUGUGCAAAUGCAAUCUUUGCUCAGAGCCUGUUGCAUCUCCGUCCACGAGUCCCAGUUGUCGUAAAAAUCUACGCUCAGUUCGCAAUCUUUGUGUUCAGCGUUUACGUGUGUCUCUCGCGUAUCCGCGACUUUAAACAUCGGUUUGUGUGACUUCCGAGAUUUUACAACACUUUUUUAUUUGUUUUUAGCUAUGUGGACGUUGCUGGAGGCGGUCUUCUGGGUUUCGCUAUUGGGAUGGGAAUGGUUAGUAAGAUGAAACUAAUAAGUUAUCACUGCUUUGAGAUAUAUUUUCUUUCAAAAAGAGCUACCUAACGUGUAGUUCCUGGUCAAAAUUUAAAAAGUAUUGAAUAGUUUCAGCUAUCAAAUCAAAUCGAUUCAAAUAAUUUAUAUCGAAUUAUGAACAAUAUCAAAGUCCAAAGCCUGUUUUUUUCCCUACUUUUUGCGCUUUUACUUCAUUUUUUCCGAUUCAUGGAAACUUCAUCUACCGCUAUGGUCAAUUUUCCCGCAAUUAAAAGGCGAGGGAGGCGGGGAAGAGGGCGGGACGCGUAGCGUGUGCGUACGCGGUUCUUGGCACGAGUUCAAUUCAACCGCCAGCGAUUAUUUGAAAAUCUCGAUUAUCGCUCUUUUCAUUCAUUUUUUAAUUAGUUCUUGAAUUUUUUCAUAUUUGGAUUAGAAAAUAGUGGAAUAGAUACAAAGAGCGGUAACCGGGCUUUCCAGAUAGUCGGUGGCGCAAAAAUUGAACUCGUGCCAAGAACCGCGCCGAGUUUUCCGCUUCUUCGAACUCACAAAAGCUUUUUAUUUUGAAACGAUCAAAAUCCUGCAGUUUCAAAAAGGUUUCUUUUGGUGCCCAAUCCUCAUCGACUUUUUUUCGGCCUGAGCAAAUAUUUACGCCUGAUUCUCCCACGUGCUUGCUUGCCAGAAGUAAAACGCCUAUUUUUGCAAUGUUCCGUUGACCUCGGUUCUCGGAUUACACUUUCUUCGAAUCAAAAUUUUGAAGAAUAUGUGAAAAGUGUGUAGUUUGAUUUUUUUAAUUAAAAUUUUUGAUUUGUAGACUUUAAGUAAAAAGUAUUUAUUUCCCAAACUUCAAAUUUGUUUGGUCACCGGUUUUUGUAAGAUUUACAGUCUAACUCCUGUAAAAAAAUUCAUGAAGUUUUCAACUUACAAGAGAACGUCCAGCUACCAGUUUUUUUUUUUUUAAAACUAUCCCAGCAUUCUGAAUCUUUUUUGUAUUUUUUAAUUAAUAUGAGACUUUUUUCGUAUUAAUUUCAAAAAUGGGGCUCACGAUCACUAAUUUUUUUCAUUAUCUUAAUUUCUCUUUUAUAAUUUUGCAAUCUCUUGCUUUUUUUCAUAUUUUUUUAGUUCCUUUCUUUACUGCGUUCUAAUAAUAUUGUUUCAUAAAUGAUCGGAAACCUGGAAAAUUUAUUUAAUUUCAGAUCGAAUUGGUCCUCCGCGGGUUCAAUCAUCCAAUGUACAUCUUGCCUUCUGAAGGAUUCCAAAAUGAACCCAUUUUUGGAAAAGUCAACGAUUAUCGAUCGAUUCCAUGA